UGAAGUCGAACAACUUCCUACAUUAAUACCGGAUUAUAUCGUUAUCAACAUUCCUGGCAUGGACUUUCCUGUUCUGGCUUGUUCUGAUGCAUGCGGGAAGUCUGCUAUGAUAUCUAUGGCUUCUUAUUCAAUUUGUCCUGAUUAUGCUGUACGAUCAGAAUCUAUCAAAACAUCUACUUCAAAUCUUCCUACUCCAACUUUUCAUACUUCUCAUUUAUCUGUUCAGUCAAUUAACUCUACUGGAAAUAACGACAAUACAAAUUGUGAUUAUGAAAAAAAUUACGUGAUGCAAGAUUGGAUUUCUAAUUCUUUGAUAAAUUCUGAUGAUAAAACUUUAUUUGGUAGACGACUUUCUAUAGACACUCCGUGUCAGUUCCGUGAUCACGUGCCAGAUGAAAAAAUAAAUACUAGUACCUCCAAUUGUUUGCUUGAUGCAACAACUUCUACUCUUGAAAUAAAGUCAAAAGAAAAAUCUACAACUGCAUGUUUAUUAAAUGAUAAUAUGCAAGAAAUUUCUUUUGAUGAUAAUGGUUCCAUAAAGUUACCUCCUCAUGGUUCUUAUCAUGUCAAUAAAUUCAAUAAUAACUCUAU